AUGGCUGGCAGGCCACUUAAGGCUUCCCAGCAACGCCGGGCUAAAGCCAUGAUCGCCGCCGCCGCCGCGGGCUCGGCAGGCCGUGUCGCGGUGCCCUUGCUGUUGUGCGCACUGCUAGCGUCCAGCGGCGCCUACGUGCUCGACGACUCCCACGGGCUGGGCCAGGAGUUCGACGGCAUCGGCGCAGUCAGCGGCGGCGGGGCAACCUCUCGGCUUCUAGUAAAUUACCCAGAGCCCUUUCGUUCUGAAAUACUGGAUUAUCUCUUUAAGCCAAACUUCGGUGCCUCUUUGCAUAUUUUAAAAGUGGAAAUCGGUGGUGAUGGGCAAACAACAGAUGGCACCGAACCAUCCCACAUGCACUAUGAACUAGAUGAGAAUUAUUUCCGAGGCUAUGAGUGGUGGUUGAUGAAGGAAGCCAAGGAGAGGAACCCUAAUAUUAUCCUCAUGGGGUUGCCAUGGUCAUUUCCUGGAUGGCUGGGCAAAGGUUUCAGCUGGCCUUAUGUAAAUCUUCCGCUGACUGCCUACUAUAUUGUGAGAUGGAUUUUGGGUGCCAAGCAUUAUCAUGACCUGGACAUUGAUUAUAUUGGGAUUUGGAAUGAAAGGCCAUUUGAUGCCAACUAUAUAAAGGAAUUAAGAAAAAUGCUGGACUACCAUGGUCUGCAGCGAGUGAAAAUCAUAGCAAGUGAUAAUCUCUGGGAGCCCAUCUCUUCUUCCAUGCUGUUUGACCGUGACCUCUGGAAGGUGGUUGAUGUCAUAGGAGCUCAUUAUCCCGGAACCCGGACAGUGUGGAAUGCAAGGCUGACAGGGAAGAAGCUUUGGUCGUCGGAAGAUUUUAGCACCAUCAACAAUGAUGUUGGUGCAGGCUGCUGGGGUCGCAUAUUGAAUCAGAACUAUAUCAAUGGCAAUAUGACCUCCACAAUUGCUUGGAAUUUGGUGGCUAGUUACUAUGAGGAGCUGCCUUAUGGGCGAAGUGGAUUGAUGACUGCCCAGGAGCCAUGGAGUGGGCAUUAUGUUGUCGAAGCUCCUAUCUGGAUAACAGCUCAUACAACUCAGUUUACUCAGCCAGGCUGGUAUUACCUGAAGACAGUUGGCCAUCUAGAGAAAGGAGGAAGCUAUGUAGCUCUGACUGAUGGCUUGGGGAACCUCACCAUCAUCAUCGAAACCAUGAGUCAUAAACACUCCAUGUGUAUACGGCCAUAUCUACCAUAUUAUAAUGUCUCACGCCAGCUGGCCACCUUCACUCUCAAGGGAUCUUUGAGAAAAAUACAAGAGCUACAGGUGUGGUAUACCAAGCUUAGAGGACCAUCGGAGAGGCUUCAUUUCAAACAACUGGACUCUCUAUGGCUCCUGGACAGCGGUGGCAGUUUUGCCUUGGAGCUGCAGGAGGACGAGCUGGUGACGCUCACCACUCUCACCACGGGCCGCAAAGGCAGCUACCCUCCGCCUCCCAAGUCGCGGCCCUUCCCCAGAAGCUAUAAGGAUGACUUCAACGUUGAUUACCCAUUUUUUAGCGAAGCUCCGAACUUUGCUGAUCAGACCGGCGUGUUUGAGUACUACAUAAAUAACGAAGACCCCGGACCGCAUCGCUUCACACUGCGCCAAGUUCUCAAUCAACGACCUAUCACCUGGGCUGCCGACGCUUCCAGCACGAUCAGCAUUAUAGGCAAUUACCACUGGACCAACAUGACUGUACAGUGUGAUGUCUACAUAGAGACCCCUCACAGUGGGGGCGUGUUCAUCGCCGGAAGGGUGACCAAAGGGGGCAUUUUGGUGAGGACGGCUACAGGAGUUUUCUUCUGGAUUUUUGCAAAUGGAUCUUACAGAGUCACAGCUGAUCUUGGAGGAUGGAUCACAUAUACUUCAGGACACGCUGACAUUACAGCAAAAAGAUGGUAUACACUCAGCCUGAGCAUUAAGGGUUAUUUCGCCUCUGGCAGGUUGAACGGCAAGAUCCUGUGGGAAAACGUCCCUGUGAAAUACUCAGGGAAUGGCUGGGCUGCAAUCGGAACGCACACCUUCGAGUUUGCGCAGUUUGACAACUUUCACGUGGAAGCGGCUCACUAGUACUCACAGGGCCUCAAGACACUAUUUGGAUUUUCUAUUUUUGAUUUCAAUUCAGGGCCAGUUUUGAUGGACCUAUAUGUGAGCCUUUGAGGCUAGCAAUAGUGCAGAGUAUAUAGGGAAAAUGGUACACGGUUGCCAGAUCCUAUGAAAGAUUUAAUUAGAACUAAUUCCGGAAGGAAUGCAGAUGUCUUUGGCAUUGCCUGCGGUAGCCUUAACACUGUUGGUCCCAUCCUUCAGGAGUGGUUUGGGUGGUACCUGCUUUGCAGUCUUGGCACUGAUACCUUGGUAGCGCUCUCCAUACUGUUUGUAAAUCAUCAUGCAGAUGGCCAGGCCCUGAGAGCCACAGGCGGUUUGUGAGCGAGCACUGACCAUGUGUCUAAAUGAGUGGAGGCAUCCUUAGAAGAUGCUGAUGCUUAAGCGGAAGCUGAUGAACACUUCAGUGCACACUUUAACAUGCUGUCCUCUCUCUCUCAGAAACACACACACACCCUCUCCCUCACACGCCCCUCUCCCUCCCUCCCCCCUCCUUGUCUCUCUGCCUUCUUCCCCCCAUAAUGCUGCCUUUGGAAUUGGUGGGAUGAUUUGAAAAAUACCUCAUUAAUAAACUAACUCCAAAGCCAUUUUUGCAGUAAUAAAAAUAAUUAAAUUGG